GUGUAAUUCCUCUAAAUUGUCUAAUCUACAGAGCAAAGAAAGAAAAGAAGACACCUGAUACAGAGACAUACAUUCGCAUACGGAGGUGAUUCUUUAAUCUACAAGCCACGAGACAAAUGUUUCUACACAACUAACGGUAUUGAAUCACAGCAUUAAUAUAAAUACCAACCAUUGUAAUUUCUGAUCUGUAAAAAUCUCCCUCCGUCUUUUCAAAUUGUGUGUUUUUUUGUCCUCUGCUGCUGCUGCUGCUGCUGCUGCACUUUACGGGGAGCUGGAGCUACAGCACCUGAAAAAGCAGGUUUCGUCUCCCUUGAAUCCUGCUCCGCCUGUCCGACCAGUGUUUGAUGCUAUGACCGAGAGUCUCCUUCCAGACGUGCACGGUGAAGGUCACGGAUCUAAAUUGACCCAGGGAAUCGUCCCUGGAUCAUCAGCAGAAGGGACAGCAAAAGAAACGCUGGAGGGGACACAAGAUACCAGAGGCUGUGAAUCACCAAGGACCACGCCGCGCUGUUUCCACACUGUCACUUUUCAUUGACGCCGGGUCCCUAACGUCCAUUAAGGACCCCCGCUUUAACUUUCGGUCCUUGUUUUGCCCCGAAUGUCCCCGCUGGACACGACCCAAACAUUACUGUGCCAGUCCAACUCGGCGCGACACCGCCGCCAAAGCCCAAUCAAAGCAAAAAAUCCCUCUCACUCUAUUGUUCCGCCGUCUAAAGUCAAAGUCCAUUAUCAGCACAUGUAAGAGAAACUGUCCACCAGGCGAAACGCCUAAACCCCCGGGCCAUUGUUGUGCUUUUGUUGCCUCGGCCCCGCGGUACCGACGCGCUCUCUGUCGGCCAUAUAUAUGCGGGUGUCCAAAUUUUUUCCAGUCUUAUACUGUGUGAUUGGUGUGGAAAGGCGUACAGUUGAAAAUGUCUCAGUUCUCAGGAAAGAUCGUGUUCUACGAGGGAAAAUGUUUCACCGGGCGGAAGCUGGAGAUCUGCAGCGACUGCGACAACUUCCAGGACCGGGGCUUCAUGAACAGGGUCAACUCUGUCCGCGUGGAGAGCGGGGCCUUCGUCUGCUUCGACCACCCGGACUUCAAGGGUCAACAGUACAUUCUGGAGCACGGAGAGUACCCCGAGUUCCAGCGCUGGAAUGCCCACAAUGAUCACAUGGGCUCCUGCAAGCCAAUCAGGAUGCACGGAGAACACUACAGGAUGGAGCUGUUUGACGGAGACAACUUCACAGGCCAGUGUGUGGAGCUGUGCGACGACUGUCCGUUCCUGCAGGCGCGAGGCCUGGCCAAGAACUGCAUCAACUCCCUCAGGGUUUACGGAGACGGAGCCUGGGUGCUGUACGAGGAGCCCAACUACCGUGGCCGCAUGUACAUUGUGGAGAGGGGAAACUACGGCUCCCACAUGGAGUGGCAGGCGGAGAACCCCAACGUCCAGUCUGUCCGCAGGGUGGCAAACUACUUCUGAAACCAAUCCCACUAGUCGCACGACAACCGUGGCCUCAGGGACGAGAACAUCCACCGAGGGAAAAACACACAAGUGUCGAGUGAUCCCGCGCCGACUCUGUGGGGCUGUGAAAUAAUAAAGGAUGACGAAAAUGUUCGA